AUUUACGUAUAUUUUUCAGGCUUCCAUGGACUUACCGCCGGACAAAGCGAAAUUACUUAAGAAUUACGAUGAUGAAAAGAAAUGGGACAUAAUAUGUGAUCAGGAAAUGGUACAGGCAAAGGAUCCACCAUCCCAUUAUUUGAACAAAUUGCGCACAUACUUGGAUCCAAAAGCAUCUCGAAGUCAUCGGCUAUUCUUCCUCUACUUUCUUUGUCAGAAACGUAAAAUGGUCGGUGAGUCCACAUCGACACAGGUGCUGCGUGAUCUCGAGAUCUCGCUACGUACCAACCACAUCGAAUGGGUUAAGGAGUUUCUCGACGAUACGAAUCAGGGCCUCGAUGCACUUGUAGAUUAUCUAAGUUUCCGGCUGCAGAUGAUGCGACAUGAACAGCGCGUUGAAGAAGCACUCUCCGACUCAGACGAGCGCUUGAAUAUGACUAGCAGCCAAACGGUGGGAGGUGGUACGGGCUCAAGUGCCGCGGAUGGUUUGGGUAGUUCAUCGGUGGGAGUAAGUUCUCCUCUUAGUGGUAGCAUUAAUUUAGAUGGUGCACGGCAUCAUCAACAUUCACAUCACUCUGGCGGAAGUCUGAAUGGUUUUUUGCGUCCCUCGCUGGCCGAGGUGCUCGACAGUCCCAGCAUUAAGCGACGGUCCAGACAUAUAGCCAAAUUAAAUAUGGGUGCAUCCACCGAUGACAUACAUGUGUGCAUAAUGUGCUUGCGGGCUAUAAUGAACAACAAGUACGGCUUCAACAUGGUUAUUCAACAUAGGGAAGCUAUCAAUUGUAUCGCGUUGAGCCUGAUACACAAAUCGUUGCGUACGAAAGCACUGGUGCUAGAGCUGUUGGCUGCCAUUUGUCUGGUGAAGGGUGGUCACGAAAUUAUUUUGUCGUCUUUCGAUAACUUCAAGGACGUGUGUCAGGAGAAGCGCCGCUUCCAAACACUAAUGGAAUACUUCAUGAACUUUGAAGCCUUCAACAUUGACUUUAUGGUAGCGUGUAUGCAGUUCAUGAAUAUUGUAGUCCAUUCCGUAGAAGACAUGAAUUAUCGUGUGCACCUGCAGUAUGAAUUCACAGCACUUGGCCUGGACAAAUAUCUGGAGAAACUGCGUAUGACUGAAUCGGAGGAGCUCAAGGUGCAAAUAUCCGCUUAUUUGGACAAUGUUUUCGACGUGGCAGGACUAAUGGAGGAUUCCGAGACGAAGACUGCUGCCUUAGAACGAGUUCAAGAACUUGAGGAUCAGUUAGAGCGCGAAGUUGAUCGCAACUCAGAAUUCAUGUAUAAGCUUGCUGAGCUCGAGACAGAGGUGGCAGUGUUAAAAGCAGAACGCGAGGACUUAUUAACUACGAAACUGAAAUUUGAUGAAGAGGUCACAACGUUGCGUCGUAUACUCAAGCAGAAUGAGCAGGAACUAAAGAAGCGUGAUUCCCUGCUUCAGAGUAAGAAUCUCGAACUGCAAACAUUAACACGUUCUUUGCCGCGCUCCGGUUCGAAUAGUGAGACGUCCCUGCAAAAUGGCGGAGCUUCGCCGGACAAAUGCUCUUCCCCUCCGUUGCCUCCACCGCCGCCACCACUGCCAUAUGCCAUGUCACCUACCAACUCGGCACCUCCGCCACCUCCUCCGCCCGCACCACCAGCACCACCACCACCACCUCUUGCGCCCGGUGGAUCCAUAAGCAAUGGUGGUACACUUUCACCCACAAUGUCUGCAAAUGGUGGAUCAGUGGGUUCACGUUCACCACCUUAUGGUUCUGGUCCAAAUGGCGGACCAAUGAUGUGUGCGUUCCAACCGCCGCCGCCACCUGUCGCCGGUUUCAUGCCUGCUCCAGAUGGUGCCAUGACAAUCAAACGUAAAGUGCCGACGAAAUAUAAACUGCCAACACUUAACUGGAUAGCUUUGAAGCCAAAUCAGGUUCGUGGAACGAUUUUUAACGAAUUGGAUGAUGAGAAAAUCUUUAAGCACAUUGAUUUCAACGAAUUCGAGGAGCGCUUUAAAAUCGGUAUUGGUGGAGGAUUGACAAAUGGUAGCAGCUCUGAAGUAGAUGGCCUGCACUCUUAUCCCAGUAAGCGGUUCAAGAAGCCGGACAAUGUGUCACUAUUGGAGCAUACGAGAUUACGAAAUAUUGCAAUAUCUCGUCGCAAGUUGGAUAUGCCUAUCGAUGAGGUUAUUGCCGCCAUACAUAGCUUAGAUUUGAAGAAACUCUCCCUGGAAAAUGUGGAGCUGCUGCAGAAGAUGGUGCCCACCGAUGUGGAAGUGAAAUCCUACAAGGAAUACAUAGCUGAGCGUAAAGACCAAAACCAACUCACCGAAGAGGAUAAAUUCAUGUUGCAAUUGUCGCGCGUAGAACGCAUUUCAUCUAAGUUAUCAAUUAUGAAUUAUAUGGGCAAUUUCUUCGAUUGUCUGCACCUAAUCAGUCCACAAAUACAAGCUAUCACCACUGCUUCAAAUUCUCUAAAGAAAUCAAUGAAAUUUAAGGCCGUGCUAGAAAUUGUCCUAGCUUUCGGCAAUUAUCUCAACAGCAGUAAACGAGGUCCCGCUUAUGGAUUCAAAUUACAGUCGCUUGAUACCUUAAUCGACACGAAGUCGACUGACAAACGCACAUCACUCCUGCACUAUAUUGUGGCAACCAUCCGCCAAAAAUUCCCUGAGCUGCUCAACUUUGACACAGAGUUGUAUUGCACAGAUAAAGCAUCGCAAGUAUCGCUGGAAAACAUCGUGACAGACGUACAUGAUCUUGAAAAGGGCAUGGAAUUGGUGAAGAGGGAGGCGGAACAACGUGUGAAAGGUGCACAAACGCAUAUCCUGCGCGAUUUCCUUAAUAACUCUGAGGAUAAAUUGAAGAAAAUCAAAAUGGAAUUAAAGAAUGCUCAGGAUGCAUUCAAAGAAUGUGUUGAGUAUUUCGGGGAAUCCUCGCGCAACGCCGAUGCAGCAGCGUUCUUUGCAUUGAUUGUGCGUUUCACACGAGCAUUUAAGAUACACGAUCAAGAAAACGAACAGCGUCGUCGUCUAGAGCAAGCAGCUGCCCAGGCUGCAACCAAAAAAGAAAGCGAUCAAGUAUUACUGCGCAACAAAAUGAACCAGAAAAAACAACAGUUGCCCGGUUGUGGCUUCUCCUUACAGGACGCUGUCAUCAACGAGCUGAAAAGCAAAACGAAUUCGGUGCGUGAAAAGAAGUUGCUGCAACAAGAUGAAGUUUAUAAUGGUGCACUUGAAGACAUAUUGCUGGGGCUGAAGAGCGAACCCUAUCGGCGGGCCGAUGCAGUGCGACGCAGUCAACGCAGACGCAUCGAUAAUAACCGCCUCUCGCGAACACUCGAAGAACUGGACGUCUAAAGCGAAAGCGAAGAUGAAAAAUACGAAAUCUCGGAAAAAUUAAAAACAAAAAAAAGCAAAAAUGCUCCAUGUACAAUUAUAUUUACUAUUUUACAAGUAACAAAUUUAAUUGUAUUUUCUACAAUAGCAUAAAACGUUGAGUGAAGACUAGGGAUUUUUGAUAAAUUUUUCAAAACAGUUAUGUACAUACAUAAAUAGCAUACAUACAUAUGUCAUCCACUUGGGCACAUUCUAAAUGCAUUAAUGUAAAGUGUGCAUAGCCUUUAUUUCUAAGCCAUAAGAAAUGAUAAUGCCCAAUAUGCGCAAACACGGCGGAAUGCUAAUCUCGAACUAUUGCAAGUUGUGCAAAUUGCACAUUUUCAUCUUUUGAGUUUGAUACGAUAGACAGACGGUAGCGUAAAUGCAAAUUAAUGCGCAUUAGUGCAUUUAAACUGAAUUGACCGACUCCAAUAUGGUAACACCGUCCAUAAUUUACACCUGUUUACAAUAUUUUGCUAAUGACUCGUAUUCUUUAACAACGAUUUUUUCUUAAUUCUGCGCUUCAAUGUAUGCAGCAUGUUUGCCCAACUCCAAGCAAAGAGGUGGAAGUGAGGCAAAAUCGAAAACCGUUACUUAUUUUUCGUGAUUUUGCCAAGUGUGACGUCAGACACCUUAAUAAUACAAAGCAAACAAAUUCAGUACAUGGCUUGGUAAUAUUGUGAUUUGUGACACUUAAACUAAACAAAUAAAUGAAAACAAAUUGCCGCGUGUUAAAUUGUGAAAGCACAAAUGAAUUUAAAGCGUCCAAACGCAGUUUUUCUUGUCUUUUUUAUGCGAAUGACGCUGUGGCAAGAAAAUGUGUGUGUGUAUCAUUUCUUGUGCUGGGCAACUUCUAUUGAUUUCGCCUACUCUUCGCCUAGUCUUCGCCUUCACAAACAAGUAAUUACUCUUCCUUUUGUUUGUAUAUUCUCGGAGCAUGACGUCGCAGCGAAGUCGGAAGGCGCAAUCUCUUGUUAUAUCAUUCUAGGUACAGCACAAGGCGUAUUUAGAGAAGGUGGUGUGAUUACACUAGUUGAUUUCCUCUUCUUCUAUUAGAAAAUGAAAUGACAAAAAAUUGUUGUUGUGAAUGCGCGACAAGCUAAUGUCAUCUACUUGUCAUUCAUUGCAGUCUUCUAUUCUCUUUCCUUUGGCAGUUCUAAUUUAAAAAAAAAGUUUGUUGCUCGAAUGCUACCACCUUGAAUAUAUUCGCCUUGGUACAGCAGUAACCACGGCGAAUCCAUAUAUGGUGAUGGCGAUAGUACAAAAACAAAAUUUAGGUGUAUUUGUUUUUUUUUGCAAUUUUCUGGUUUGAAUGCCAAAAUUUCAAUCAGAAUGUAAACGAACCACCAAAUCCCAAGCAAAAAUUAAACAAAUCAGCUCUGCUACUGCCAUCACCUUGUGUGAAUCCGCCUUGCCAGUAAUGAAUUUUAAAUAAAUGCACCCACCUGUUUGACGGGUAAGAAUUUCAAUGCUCAUUGAAGCUCUCUUAAAUGCGCAUUAACCCUCUGUCAUCUGCCUCCCUAUAUGAAACAAAAGAGACUGACACUUAGUAUCAAGGCGAAUUUAUUACAGGUGACAGCAAACACAUAUAAGUAAAACCCUACAUGUAUUUGUUGUUGCGUUUGGUGCAAGCAUCAUGUCAAAAUCAGCAAGCAAAUGUAAACAUACCAAUACAUACAAACAAAGCAUAUCAUUUUGACGUAAGCCAUACCUACGGCGAAAAAUUCAGCUGGGUGAAUGCUGUCACCUUAUUAAAUCCACCUUGCUUAGUAUUAAUGCAGAGAACGUUAAAUAUAGAGAAGUCUCACGAGCUACGAAUAGUGUGAAUUGUCAAAAAUGAAGUGAAACCGCGAACACUAUUUCACCUCGCUUAACUCGACAGCGGGGAAGUUCUUAACAGGGCUGAUUACAGUGAAUUAUGUACAAGUACAUUGGCUCUGCUCAGUUUUUGGUUUCUGUAUGAAAUCAAAUUGACGAAUGCCGACGGCAUUUUGCAAGGCAUUUGCUUGUGCAUUUUUAUGUUCCCUUGGUAAACGAAAAUUUAUUCAAUUUGUAUUUUCAAACAAAGGUGAUGAAGAAAAAAUGAUUGAAUUUAUUAUAUGCGCCAAAUCAAAUCAAAGUAACUUUAAUAUUUUGAUUUAAUUUAAAAAAAUACAUUAUAAAACGACCUCUCACAUUUUGGUAUGUGCGUUUUAGUAAAUUUAAAACUAAACAAAUUUGAUGAAAAUUUUUACUAAUUUUUUGAGUCGAAAUUAAUUCAUAGCAUACAAGGAUUUUGGUAUAUCGACAUAUGUAUUUACAUUUGAAUAUGCAUUUAUUUGUUCCUUUGGCAAACCAAAUCUUUUUCAAUUUACAUUUUAUUACAGGGAAUAAUAAUAUACAUACAUUUGUACGUAUGCAUUUUCUAGAUAGUAUAAAGCUUUAAAAUAAAUAAAGGAAAACUUCAAAGAAACGUAUUUGGAUAUAUGGGACAACUAAAUUCAAUUGCAUCUUUAUUAAAUAGUGUUGCACGCAUAUGUAUGCACUGAAGCAACAUGACCUACCUCACGAGCAUCGCCUUAUCAUAUUUCAUGCAAUAAUUAGGGUGUAAAUAUUCGAAUGAUCGAAUUCCUGCAAAUGCUAAAACAACUUCUUCUGCAUAUGCAUCGACGUACAUAUGUGCAUGUGCGUAUAUGCACACUUGAUGCCCUAACUAUAUAUAUAUAUAUGUACGUUCAAUUGAUCAAAUCAAAAAAUUCUGUAUACAAAACGCUUCAUUACCAGGCACACAGGAAGAUGGCAUAUGCAAAUAUAAAUAUUGAAUUCAAGCAAAACAAUGUUUAUUAAUAUACACAUAUGCAUGUACAUACAACCGCACACACAGGGCAUUCGCUUUAUUCCUCAAAACGCGUAUGCCGUUCAAAGCUAAAAUUCUAUGCCUAGCGACUACAAGAACAAAAUGCAGUCAUAGACGCAGGCGUAGCGGCCAUCAUUCUAGUUGCCAUAGCGCUGAACAGUCGCGGCGGCGCUGAACAGUUUCAACUAUUGUACUGUGCAACAAAAACUCAUCUUCAAAAAAUUCAUUGAUAAAUUCGAGCUCAUAGUUCUAAGAGCAAGAACUUUCAUUCAUAAAACGAGCCGCCCAUAUGCCAAUUUUCUCGACAAUUCGAAAAUAGUCAAUAUUGGAAUAUUUCGCGAAGAAUUAUUUGCCAAUAUUUGAUAAAUCUUCAAUUUUCGUCAAGUCGAGUGCCCGCGGCUUCGUACAUAUGUAUGCAAAAAUAUAUGUAUGUAAAUAUGUCUUUCUAAAUGCUCGACAGCCGCAGCUGCUGUGCGUCAAGUGCGCGCAUGAGCAUACAGUAAGUUGCAGAAGAAAACAAGUAGCUUAAAAAAAGGUCUGAUUCGGACAUAUUAAUACUAAGAUAAAAUUUGGAAACAAUUAUUUUAUGUUAACUGAUAGUAGGCAAAUAGUUAAUUAGUAGAUUACUUUACGUAUGUAGUUUUUCAAUUGAUAAAAAGUGCACAAAACAUAUGCAUAUAUCUGCAGUUAGAAACUUACUCUGAAAUCAGAGCAUUUGAAGAUGCCUGUAAACAUUUCACGCUUACUGUACAUACAAUGCUGUGCCUAUGAAUGUGCGCUGCGCCUUUGAAUGCGCGCUGGAUUUCUUGAGAAGUUGUACCGUUUUAUUUUGAGCUGUGGCUGGUGAGCAUACAUACACACAGCAUAUACAUAUGCGCAAAUAUAUAUAAAUUCACAAAUGUAUAUAAAUUCACAAAUUUACAUUUGCAUAUGCCAUCUUCCUGUGCGCCUGGUAAUGAAGCGUUUGCUAUAGAGGAUUUUGAUUCAGUUGAAGGGAAUUCAACAAAGUUUUACAGACACCAGACAGACAGACAUAACAUAUGUACAUAAUUUGGAUGAUUUGGAGAAAUUCAAAUAUAUAGGUCAUAUCAAAAUGCUACCUAGCAUUCUUUGCUUCUAAUCACCAACAAAUUCUUAUCGACUGCUGCUAAAUUUACAUAAUUCAGCCCCUUACUGUUAAUUUUUGUUGAAAAAUGUGUCUGUGGUGAAAUUGUCUUCGCGAGACGAGUACCCCUCGAAAAUGAACACUUUCCAGUCAUUAAGACUUCUCUAUUCAUUAACGUUCUCUGAUUAAUGCGUUUACGAAGUGACCCGCACAUACACACAUACAGAUAUGUACAUGAAUCGAAAGAAUUAGAAAUGAUUUAAAAUGCAAAAACGAUACACGUUUAUUCUUAAGUACAUUCCUUUUAGUGUUAACAAAAUUUGCGAAUUUCAAAAAAAGGUAUAUGCAUGUAAAUGCAGGCAUUUGUUUAUUGAGCGUUAAGUAGCUUUCGUUUAAAUGACUUUUGGAAUGGAAUUAGCGAAGAAGUUCGAAAUGUUUAAAUCAAAAGUUAUGUAUUAUAGAAUUUUAAUAUAAUACACCCACACACACGCAUGCAUAUAUUUAAGAAUCUCAGCCUGCUCAUACACAUAUACAUACGUACAUAUAAAAUAUGUUUUUUGUAAAAUCUCGUAUCUUUAUUCUUUUAUUUGAUAUACCGCAUGCACAUUGUGUACCAUUUUGUAUCUUUGUGUAUGUGUUUUUUUUUUGCAUAUUUGUAUAUACUUUCGUAUAUAUUUUAUUGUUAACUAAUUUUCUAUUAUCUGUAAAUAUAUCGCAAUAACUUAAUGUGUGUACUGCAUUGAGAAAGCACAAUUUUGUUUUUUUCUGUUACUUAUAAAACUUUAAGAUUUUUAGCGUUGUAGAUACUUUUGUAUAUCUCAAAUAUAGUUUAAAAAUGGGUAAACCCAUUUCGAUACAGGUUCGUGCAUGUUAUUAAAAAUAUAUGGAUAUCUGUGUGUAGUUACAUACAUACAUAUGUGCGUUAAGCUUCCGCACAGCAUAUUCCCAAAUUAUUUCGUAUUUAAAAAAUUUAAACACAUUUUAGUUAAUUUUAGUUUUAAACAAUUUAUUCUUAAUAUGCGAAUUAUAUGCAGACAUUUGUAUUUGUUAUAUUGCCCAAAUUAACCAUAUGUAUAAAUUCUUAUGUAAUAAUUUUAUAUAUACAUAUGUUUUAUAGGUCCAUAUAUAUAAAUUGUUUAAUAAAUAUAACAAAAACAA